ACUGCCCUAUAGGCUGGUACUAAGAAUUUAACCUGAUGUGAGCAUUGACAGGCAGCCAGUAUAGGAAGGGUGUGAUGUAGGGACACAUGAGAAGGUAGUAUACAACGUUGUGAGGAGGUGUUCUGUAUUAAUGCAGAAUGCAGCCCUGUAUUUCUCAUCUUAUUGUGAAUGCUUUCCUUUCCCCCCGUUUGACCAGAAACCCUCCAACCUGCAUCCAACUGGAACCUGCAUCUCCUGCCUGUUUAAUCCCCAUGGAGGUCUACAACUUCAACUCCUCCAUCCUCUACAUCCAUAAGCCGUCAAACAGCAGCGAUGGCGAGGGUGACAUUACCAUAUACGAGGGAUGCCAGGACAUGCCGGAGGUCCUGAUAUUUUAUCUGACCCUGCAGUUCAUCAAUAUGUUCUUGGGGAUCCCUGCUAACCUGAUGGUGCUGUGGCUCCUGCACAAGAACAAGGGGGACUCCUCCAGCUCCGACAUCUUCAUCCUCCACCUGGCCAUACUGGAUACCUUCUUCUGCCUCAUCCCACCCCUGGAGAUGGCCAACAUAGUCUUCCUCACCAACAGCAACACCUGGUACAUACUGCGAUUCUUCUAUGGGGUGAAAGACUCUUCGCCGCUCUUCCUCUCCUGCAUCUGCUUGGACCGCUACAUGGCCGUCCUGCACCCAAUCACCUUCACCGAGCUGAAGGACCGAAACCACCGCUCGGUCUGCGCUGCUGUGGUGUGGCUGGUCACCCUGGCCUACGCGGCAGCCAAGUGCGUGGGCAACAUCCCCGACUUUGGAAAGGCCUUCACCAUCAUGAUCCUGGCAGCUUUUACCAUCAUGCUCUUCUGUAAUGUGGCCAUCCUGAACGCGCUCCGCAAGUCAGGUCCCGGUCGUGACGAGAUGCAUCCAGUCAAGAAGAGGGCCUUCAAGAUGGUGCUCAUCAUCCUGGCCAUCAUCGUCUUCAACUAUUUCCCACCUGUGGCGUUGUUCCCCUUCCAAGAGUACUUCUCCUCGGACGAUUUCUAUUGUCGUGUCCACCCUUUAGCAAUGGGAUUCAUGGACAUCAGCAGCAGCAUUCAGCCUCUUCUCUACCUCUCCCGGGAGAUUCCCAGCGUCCUUUGCUGCUGCGCCAAUGAUCAAGGCUCAGGAAGCUCCACUGAUCCACGCUGAACUUUUUGAACAAAAAGAUCUGGUGUGUAAAUUUGCAGUUAUAUUCCUUUUUUCUGUCUUCUCUUAAAUAAAUGAAUAGGAAUCAUGUAUCAAGUCCAAAUAAAGGGACACUGACUGAAGCUGUAAAAGGCAACACCUAUAAAUGUACUAAAAAGCAACAGUCUAUCAAAUACAAUUGCACUAUCUUGAUUUUGACACCUUGUUAUCCCGAUCUUAGAUUUAAAAAAAGAGCAUUGUUCAAAACUUCUAGGAAAGAGAUAUUUAGGGUUCCACUGCAAAGCAAAGGAAACCUAUUGUGAUUGCUGAAAUUCUUAUAUUUUUCACCAAACUUUUGUUCAAAAUAACUUGGACAAAUAUUGGUAAUUCGUUGCCCAUUUUGACCCCAUAUAUUACAGGCUAUUUGUUACCUGGACAAAAGAAACAACAUGAGUUGGUCAUUUGGGGGCACAAUAAUCAGGUCCCAAGGUCAAAACCUUUAGCCCAACCAUGCCGGGUACAUUGGCACGAACCUGGAACAUCAAUAUAUCUCCUGAUUGCCUCUAGGACCCAUAAGUUUCACCAAAUAAUUUUUGGCUGCCAUUUAGAAUUUUUAAAAAUAUCUUCAAAAGACAACUUCUCAUGACCCUUAAGUACAGAUUAUGUAAAUUCUCAUGAACCGUAAGUCCAAAUGAUGUCUUCUCAGGAACCAUAAGUCCGAAUGAUGUCUUCAGUGAAUGUGUCUGACCAUAGAUGGCAAAAAACAAACAAGCAAUCAGCCAAAAAUUGAUUAAUUAUAUUUGGAAAUUGUCCAUGAAUGUAAAUCUACUGUUAACUGAAGUC